AUGGCACAUGAACACAAAUGUUGUAAUAAACAGAAAGUGAAGUUAGGUACUUGGUCGGCUGAAGAAGAUGAAACACUUUUCGCUUAUGUUAUAAAUCAUGAUCAAAUCAAAUGGAGCUUCGUUCCAGAACUUACUGGACUCAAAAGAUGCGGGAAGAGUUGCCGAUUGAGAUGGAUCAAUUACUUGAAUCCAAAUAUAAAGCGUGGAAAUUUCACCACUGAAGAAAUUAAUCUUAUAUUCAGCCUCCAAAACUCAAUUGGCAAUAAGUGGGCACAAAUUGCAAAACAUUUACCGGGUAGAACAGACAAUGAGAUUAAAAACUUAUGGAACUCAAAGCUAAAGAAGAAGAAGAAGUUGUUGGUAUCCAACAAUCAAUCUAAUGAAGCAUCUUCCUCAUCUCAAACCAUCCAUCAUAUCUCCAUUCUUGAAUCAUUUGAUCAACGUCACCAUCCUCCAACUCACACCGACAACUUUCAACCAAAUCAUGGACCAAACAUGCAUUCAUAUCAUAUCUCCGUUCUUGAACCAUUUGAUCAACGUCACCAUCCUCCAACUCACACCGACAACUUUCAACCAAAUCAUGGACCAAACAUGCAUUCAUCAGUUGAUUGUAGUCUUAGUGAAGAACCACCGAUGAAUCGAGUCUACACAAUACCUCCAUAUGCUUUAUCAUCAAUGGCAUCAAAUAAUGGGCCGAUAAUGUCGAGCGUCCCACAUGGUCAUGGAUUGUUGAAGACAAGUGUCUCAUAUCCAAUGAGUUACACAUCAAGGAUGACCCCAACAAGUUAUGCUCAGAAUUAUCCAACUGGGGGUCUCAUGCAUACAAACUUGAUUACCCGGAUUGAUGAUGUUCAACCUUAUUCUUCUCAGCCUUCGGAGAAAGUUGAUAUUAAUAAGUUCUUCAAUUUUGAUCUAUUUGAGGAGGACCCAAUGAAAGUUGAAGGAAGCAGGGAUAACAACAGUCAUGUUAUAUGA